AUGACAAGCAAAAGCGAAACGCGCCGUCUCAGCGAUAAAGAAGGCGAUCUGUCCUCCCAUCCAGUACUGAUUUCUUUGGACCAGGUAGAUCAUCAGAGUCUGAUGUCCACCCCUCUUUCAGACCUACGUUUGCUUCGAUGUGGAACAACCUUGUGAUGCCAAACAAGAACUUCUCAUCACCAGAUCUCCGACUGUUCCCAACAACGUCCUCGUUGCCUUCAGGAUCCGCACGAAUGCUCCGACGAGAUACAUCGUGAAUCCCAACUCGGGUCUUCUGAGCAAAGACAAGCCCUUUCAAAAUGUAAGUUGUUGCCAGAAUACAAAAAGAUUACAGGUGGUCAUUGAAUUGGUCGGCAAUCGUUUCAAUCCCCACCAUCGGCUCAUCGUCCAGGCGAUUCAGGUUCAGUCCGAGGCCGAAAUGAAGCAGGUAUGGAAGUCGGCCCGUCUUCAGAAGGAGCUUCAGAUCGUGCCUUUAGAGUUGAGCACGACCUUGAUGAACAUCGAGAAUACGAACAAUAUGGAUUCCGGAAAUGUAAGUUCUUUGGAAUAAUUCCUUAACUUCUUCUAGACCCAAGAAACAGCUUCUCUGAGCAGUGUUCUCGAACAGAGCUCAAGAACUGGAGAAGAAAGAGUCAAAGAGCUGAUCGGGUUAAACGCCAUGCUCAAGGAUGACAUUGAGAAGAUAAACAACAACAUUAUAACGGCUCAGAAGCUGAAGGAGAUCCUUCUGAAGCAUCUGGAGCAAAGGAAAAAAUUGUCGGAGAACUUGAAGAUCAAGUUGAAGACCAAAGAAGAGGAGUAUGUGAAGCUGGUGAAGAAGGUGGAAUCUCAGGAGAAUAUCCUGAAGCAUUUACAGACCCCCAAACCCACCGAUAACAACAAUUGUGUCAUUUCUUGA